AGCGGAGCGUGGGUAGGGGGCGUUGCACCAUUGCCCAGCAGACAUGCCUCUGGGCGGGAUUUUGGCAAAAAGAUAGGAGGCGGGAGUGACAAGGGAGCCGGGAGCACUCCGGGGGGGCGGGUGAUCAGGGUGCAGCUGGGAGGGGGGGGGAAGGGCCCGGACCAGGCAGGUAGCGCAGUUUAGUAGCUUGGGGAGUUGGCAGGUGAGGUGGGACUUGCUUGUCAAACUCAUUAAAUUUCAGCAGCCUGUUCAGGGGCGCUGCAAGAGAGUCGAGGGUGGGGUGCUGUGGAAAGGUAAGAGGUGGCCCGGGAUGCCGGUGGUGGGGGUAGAAGAGAGAAACCUCGAAGAGCUUGGGGGCAACCUUGCACUUGGGUUCUUACACCUUGCAUCCCUCCUGCCUUGAGUGUGGAACACGUCUGUUUUACCACUGCGCUGGGAAAGAAAGCCUCAGUCCCAAGGGAGGUGAGGCGUCUGCUGGGGGGGAAGAGAUUGCCGCUACCUGCAGGCUGCUCCCUACCCCCCAACCCCAACCCAGGCGCCUGCUUUCGUCCCCUCCUCUCCUGCUUUUGUCCCCUACCCCCACCUCCUUAUUGGUGCUGGUUUGCAGCGCUUGGCUCCUGCGCCUCCGCUUCUUGUUUGAAUCUGGCUCGCCCCUCCGUAUUAUGUCUGCACUCCGAAGGAAAUUUGGGGACGAUUACCAGGUAGUGACCACUUCGUCGAGCGGCUCGGGCUUGCAGCCCCAGGGGCCAGGACAGGGCCCGCAGCACCAGCUUGUACCCAAGAAGAAGAGGCAGCGGUUCGUGGACAAGAACGGCCGGUGCAACGUGCAGCAUGGCAACCUGGGCAGCGAGACCAGUCGCUACCUCUCGGACCUCUUCACCACCCUGGUGGACCUCAAGUGGCGUUGGAACCUCUUUAUUUUCAUCCUCACCUACACUGUGGCCUGGCUCUUCAUGGCGUCCAUGUGGUGGGUGAUCGCUUACACCCGGGGCGACCUGAACAAAGCGCACGUUGGCAACUACACUCCCUGUGUGGCCAAUGUCUAUAACUUCCCCUCUGCCUUCCUGUUCUUCAUCGAGACCGAGGCCACCAUCGGCUAUGGCUACCGCUACAUCACCGACAAGUGCCCCGAGGGCAUCAUCCUCUUCCUCUUCCAGUCCAUCUUAGGCUCCAUCGUGGACGCUUUCCUCAUCGGCUGCAUGUUCAUCAAGAUGUCCCAGCCCAAGAAGCGCGCCGAGACCCUCAUGUUCAGUGAGCAUGCGGUGAUCUCCAUGAGGGACGGAAAACUCACUCUCAUGUUCCGGGUGGGCAACCUGCGCAACAGCCACAUGGUCUCCGCGCAGAUUCGCUGCAAGCUGCUUAAAUCUCGACAGACACCUGAGGGUGAGUUCCUUCCCCUUGACCAACUUGAACUGGAUGUAGGUUUUAGUACAGGGGCAGAUCAACUUUUUCUUGUGUCCCCUCUCACAAUUUGCCACGUGAUCGAUGCCAAAAGCCCCUUUUACGACCUGUCCCAGCGAAGCAUGCAAACUGAACAGUUCGAGGUUGUGGUCAUCCUGGAAGGCAUCGUGGAAACCACUGGUUUACCCCAGCUUCCUGAAUACUGCUCUGACCUAUGUGAGCUGACACAUCUAGCUGGGUUAUGUUUCUUAAGCGUUGCUGCCUGCCAUCAAUAUGUCAAACACAGCAUGACUUGUCAAGCUCGAACGUCAUACACUGAAGAUGAAGUUCUUUGGGGUCACCGUUUCUUCCCCGUCAUUUCUUUAGAAGAGGGGUUCUUUAAAGUUGAUUACUCCCAGUUCCAUGCGACCUUUGAAGUCCCCACACCUCCGUACAGUGUGAAAGAGCAGGAGGAGAUGCUUCUCAUGUCCUCCCCUUUAAUAGCACCAGCCAUAACCAACAGCAAAGAAAGACACAAUUCCGUGGAGUGUUUAGACGGGCUGGAUGAAAUGAGCACAAAACUUCCAUCCAAGCUACAGAAAAUUACCGGGAGAGAAGACUUUCCCAAAAAACUCCUGAGGAUGAGUUCCACAACUUCAGAAAAAGCCUAUAGUUUGGGUGAUUUGCCCAUGAAACUCCAACGAAUAAGUUCGGUUCCGGGCAACUCUGAAGAAAAACUGGUAUCUAAGACAACCAAGAUGUUAUCUGAUCCCAUAAGCCAAUCUGUGGCAGAUUUGCCACCAAAGCUUCAAAAAAUGGCUGGUGGACCUGCCAGGAUGGAAGGGAAUCUUCCAGCCAAAUUAAGAAAAAUGAACUCUGACCGCUUCACAUAGCAAAACACCCCUUUAGGCAUUAUUUAAUGUUUUGAUUUAGUCUUAGUCCAAUAUUUGGCUUACAAGAUAAUCCUCCCUGUGAAAUAUGAGAGGUCUAUCUCCCUCCAGCGAGUAUAUGAGAGAACUCUUCAUUCCAGUGUUACCGUGCAGAACAUGAGUUAUGAAGGGAGGCCACCAUAAGGAAGUUGUUAGUGGGCAUGUAUUAUCACACCAAGCAUGCAAUAAUGUGCAAAUUUUGCAUUUAGUUUUAUGGCAUGAUUUAUAUAUGGCAUAUUUAUAUUGAAUAUUCUGAAAAAUAUAUAAAUAUAUAUUUGAAGUGGAGAUAUUCUCCCCAUAAUUUCUAAUAUAUGUAUUAAGCCAAACAUGAGUGGGUAGCUUUCAGGGCACUAAAAUACAUACAUACAUACAUACAUACAUACAUACAUACAUAUGCACACAAUACACUUAUAUAUAACAUACCCAUACAAACAUAUAUAUCUAAUAAAAAUUGUGAUGUUUUGUUCAAAUUUGUAUUUCUUGUGCAUGUUUACUUUAUUAGACUAGGGAGGCUGCUGGCAUUGAGUAUGAAUACCAAAUAUUUUAGCCUUAAAUUAUUUGUUAUUUAAUAAUCUGAUUUAAUGUUUUCUGCUGUUAAGAUCAUGGGAUCUUUCAACUGUACUUUAUCCUGAAAGAUUAGCAGAAGGUUGUGGUGUUUAUGACACCAUGGAGAUAUCACUAUUAUGUAUUUAAUUUGUAAAUUUUAGAGUGUGCCAGUACCUGGCAUACAUCAUUAAACUUUUCUUAUGAUUUUUAGACCGCACUAGAACUUGGGGGUGGGGCGAGUAAAUAAAAGUUGAUCAAUUCGUCAAUUAGACUUUUCCUAGACCAGCUAAUACUGGAAGCCAAAUUUGUACACAGUUUAAUAAAAACGUGAGCUCUGAACAAAUGCUGGAUCAUUGGAAUAGUUGAGAGAUUAUUUUGAAUACUUCAGGCUGUGUGAAAUUUACAGGGUAAUGGGUGGCUAUUUCAAAAUGAGUUGUUUGCAAAGUUUUCUUUUUUUUUUUCCGGAAUUCUUGUCAUCUGUAACAAGACCUGUAGAUCUUUUGAGAGACAUGACAGCGCAAAGAAAUACAUGAUAAAUGCUGGUGUUGAAUAUGCCUAGGAGAGACUCUUUUAUGUCGCCUUCUUGUUUAUGGCAUUUGUUGUGAAAUGAGAGACUUCUUCCUCAUCUGGAGCACUUACCUCAGGUCUGUUACUAGUAAUUUAACACAGAUCUGAGAGAAAUUAAAAUUGAAUGAAUUGACAAUGCUUUGUACACUCAGGAUUUUUUUUUUUUGUUGUUUUAUUUUGUUUUGGUGUUGAACAAUUAUUUUUAUUGAUGCCUUGGAUCCCUGGCCUCCAGAAUAAUUUUAGCAGUACUAUUUUCAACCGUCAACAUCUGGUCGGUAUCAAACAUGAUCGGUAGUACACAUUUAGCACAAAGGUUUAGAAUGAAAAAUAUUUAUUUUUUGAAAAAUAAAAAAAUAAUUACUUCUUAGCAGACUCGUAUGCAUUUUCCUAUACAAUUUCUCUGAAGUUUUCAAUCCAACUUAGCCCAGAGUUAACUCACUUCUCAUCAAUAUAUAAAUCACUGAUGGAUGGUUUGAGCACACAGUAUUCCUUAUUGCUUGCCAAUCCUGUGAUAACUUUAUUAGAGACAAAUUAUGACAGCUGCAGUAUAUCAUCCAUUAUAUCUUCUGGCUACCUCUGUAUCAACCAAAUUCUGUAGGUGCAAACACAUAACAGGGAAUUACUACUGGAAAAAUGAUCAACUUUAGUAUCCAUCCACUGUGAAUAGAGCAGUUGCCCUACCCCUUGAUCACCAAUUGUUCUUAUCUGCCAGAUGAAGAUGAUGAAAUAUCAGUGACAGGAAAUGGGGACCAGUCGGUAUGGUCUGCUUAGCAGUGGAAGAGGCUGCAGAGAUCAUUUCGUCCAACACCUUAAAACUAUACAGAGCCAUAAACCCUUUGGAGAGUCAUUUUAAUUUGUUUUUGGUAUUGUGAAGAAGAACCAAAAACAAACUCUCUGAAUUUAUUCAUUUAACAAAAUUUUUUGCAUGCCUUCUUUGUCCUAGGCAUUGUUGUUUUACUUUUGUUCCUGGGGAUUUGACAUGUACACUGUAUCAGCAGAAGAGUGUAGGGAGAGAGAAUGAGGGAGAGGGAGAAAGGGCAAGGACAGGGACAGGGUUUCAGAGGAGAGCAUCCAGUAGUCAAUAUUUCAAACACGAGUAUGAACACAAGAUAGAAAUGGAAAUGACUGUGGGCUGUUAACUAUUCAUAAGAUGAUACGUAGAGAGUUGGUUAAUGUUUAACAUUAGGACUGAAAACUUAAUGAUAUGAAAAGAACCAGUGUUGCCAAAAUUAAUCAAUUUGAGAGAACAGUACACUUUUACCUUUUCCACACACGUGUGGGAACAGUAUGACUUCUGCAUGUACUUGCAGUUUAAUCCCUAUUUCCCGGUUGGUCAUAGGAUCCAGUCUGCCCAGGAAAAUUGCAGUUUAUACCUGUUGUACUUGUGGAGUUAUUAGUAGCCCUCUCUUUGCUUACUAUUAUGUCCUGGUUUGGAUGAUAUAUGGUAAAGUUUUGUUGACACUAACAAAAUUAUCAAGUCUAAUAUAUUUGGAAAAAAUAAAGAAUUGCUUUACUUCUCCUUU